AUGGCUGCUGAAGACGUUAGUAGCUCUCCUGCUGAUGCAUUCGAACCCGCUCUACCCACACUAGACAAGCUUGGAGCUGCGAUUAAGCCAGAUCUCGACGCUCAGGCUGUCGCUAGAGCGUGGUUCCAGGCAUUCUUGCAGCACGUAUCGUCUAACGAUGUCGCGGGCGUUGUCAGUCUUUUCGCGGAGGAUGGCUGGUGGAGGGAUUUGCUCGCGCUCACCUGGGACUUUCGUACGUUUCACGGAGCAGCAAAAAUCAAAGCGUUUCUCGAGGAUCAACUUCCUGUCAUAAAGCCGACUUCGUUCGAUCUGAAGAGCGCUGAACUCCAACAGCCGUAUCCUGACUUGGUGUGGCUCAUGGGGACGUUUCAUUUCGAGACUGAGGUCGGGAUCGGGAGCGGCAUCUUUCGUCUUGUGCCCACGUCAGACGGGACGUGGAAGGGAUAUACGAUGUUUACCAACCUUGAGGACCUCAAAGGGUUCCCGGAGAAGGUUGGACCGCUGCGCAACCCGCUGCCGAAUCACGGAAAGUGGACAAGCGAACGAGAGCGCGAGAGAUCGUUCGCCGACCGCGAUCCGACUGUUUUGAUUAUUGGAGGAGGUCAGGGUGGGCUCACGGUUGCUGCACGACUGAGCUACAUGGGUAUAUCAGCACUGAUCGUCGAGCAGAAGGACCGUAUCGGGGACAAUUGGCGGGAUAGAUAUCAGGCAUUGUGUCUUCACGAUCCUGUCUGGUACGAUCACCUACCGUACCUUCCGUUCCCAUCUACAUGGCCCGUAUAUACGCCUGCACAGAAGCUCGCAGGAUGGCUAGAGUACUACGCGGAAGCGAUUGAACUGAAUGUGUGGACAUCGACGACGGCAGUGCGCGUGGAGCAGAGGGAUAGCAAGUGGGCUGUAACGGUACGCAGGAAAGAUGGCAGGGAACGUGUCUUAGUCGUCGACCAUGUCGUGAUGUGCAUGGGUUGGCAAGCGGGAGUUCCGUAUAUUCCUGAGUUUCCGGGACGGGAAGAAUUUCAAGGUCAGGUUUUGCACUCCACUCAGCAUGGCUCGGCAACGAAUCACGCUGGAAAGAAGGUGGCGGUUGUUGGUUCAGCUACUUCAGCACAUGACGUCGCCAGUGAUUAUGCCGAUCAUGAUGUAACGCUUGUCCAGAGGAAUUCAACAUACAUCAUGUCAACUACGGAGGGUUUCCGACUCGGACUCGGCAGUCUAUACCAUGAAGGCGGCGUUCCUGCGGAUGUUGCUGACCGCUUAUCUAGUUCAAUGCCGAUCGCAUUGCAGAAGGAGACGAGCAAACGCCUAACGGCUGCGAUAGCGGCAGCAGACAAGGACCUUCUGCAAGGUCUUCAGAAGGCUGGUUUCAAGUACAAUAUGGGCAUAGACGGCUCUGGACUAUUUCAUCUUGUUUACCUUCGUGGGGGAGGAUACUACUUAGACGUCGGUGCCUGUCAGAAGAUCAUAGACGGGGAGAUCAAGUUGAAGAACGACAGUCAGAUUGAACGCUUUACAAAAACGGGACUCAGGUUCACGAACGGCAGCGAACUGGAUGCGGAUGUGGUCCUUUUUGCAACAGGCUUUGAGAAAGCCGAUUCCGUGCUGGAGAGACUCGUUGGACCAGAGGUCGCAUCGAAGAUGUCACCGCUGUGGAAUUUGACUCCAGAAGGCGAGCUGCGAGGUGUGUGGCGAUGGCUGGGCGUGCCCAAUUUGUGGUAUACGAUGGGAAACCUAGCGACGUGUCGAUUUCACUCUAAGCAUCUGGCCCUUCAAAUUAAGGCCAUCAAAGAGGGCAUAUAUGGGAAGCGUUAUGCGACGUCGUUUACUUCUACAAUUCUUGACACGACCCUAGUUCUUAGUAUGAUGCGGGACUGCGGUCAAAUGGAGCCGGGAGCGUUGAUUGCAACACGAUUGGUCACUUAUCGGCGAAAAUCGACUUCGACUUUGGCCACUUAUGACUACCACGUCGAAGAUGCUCAUGCAAAAGUGACAAAACAAGCAGACUUGGGGACACCAUUCUUGCCUCGCAAUUUCCAGGUAACCUGGUAG